UGAGGCUCUUCCCUGUGCCCCCGGGUCCUCUGCUUGCGCCCCAAAAUUCCCUCUUGCGACCCCAAAAUAAUUCCUCUCCUUGUGGCCGGCGCUUCCCUGCUGGCACCCUGAGCUCCCCAGCAGGAGAGCAGAGGGGUGGCCGGGCAGGAGCUCCACCACGCUCUUCCUCCUCCUCCUCCUCCUCCUCCCCAGCCCCGGGGGUGGCUUUGGGGACAGCAGAGCCCGUGGGGACACUGGCAGCCGGUUGGUGUCGGGGCCGGUACCGGGGGGUGAGGAAGCACCGGGAGCUGCUCCCUGCGAUCCCCAUUCCCCCCCAAAAUAAAUUGGGGAGACUGCAGCCAAACCCAGCGCCCCGUGCCUCAGUUUCCCCGCUGCCUGGCGGAGGGAGGUGACAAUGCCACCACGCAGAGGGGACCUCGUGACGCGCAGGGCAGGGCCGGGAGCUGCAGGAUUUCCCCUUUUUCCCCGUUUUUUUUUUGCCGAGGAGGCGCCCAUGGAGUUCUCGGAGCUGAUCAAGACGGCGACAGUGGAGGACGUGCUGCUGGCACGGCCGGGGCUGCCCGCGGUGCGGGGCACCCUGUGCAUCACCAGCCACCACCUGCUGCUCUCCUCCCAGCCCCGCGGCGACCUCCAGCUCUGGCUGCUCAUCCGCAACGUGGACGCCGUGGAGAAAAGGGUCUGCGGCUCCUCCGGCAGCAUCACUUUGCGCUGCAAGGACCUGCAGGUGCUGCAGCUGGAGAUCCCGGGCAUGGAGGAGUGUCUGAACAUCGCCAGCUCCAUCCAGGCGCUCUCCUCGGUGGACUCGGUGAUGCUGCUGUACCCCUUCUUCCACCGCCCCCCGAGCCUGCGGCUGCGGCAGGGCUGGCACCCGUGUGCCCCCGAGUGCCACUUCCAGCAGGUCGCCUCGCAGACCAGCCGGUGGCGGCUGAGCGCCGUGAACCGCGACUUCAGCGCCUGCCCCUCGUACCCGCCCGCCGUGAUCGUGCCCGCGGCCGUGGGCGAUGACACCGUGGCAAAGGCGGCGCGGUUCCGGCAGGGCGGGCGCUUCCCGGUGCUCAGCUACUUCCACGCCAAAAACGGCACCGCCCUGCUCCGCAGCAGCCAGCCCCUGCCCGGGCCCAAGCGCCGGCGCUGCCCCGAGGACGAGAAGCUCCUGGGGACGAUCCUGGAGGAGGGCGAGCGAGGCUUCAUCAUCGACACGCGCUCGGCGCAGGCGGCCAAGCAGGCCCGGCUCAGCGGCGGCGGCACCGAGCCCAAAUCCUGCUACCCGCGCUGGCACCGCCUGCACCGCGCCCUGGAGAGGGGCCGCCCGCUGCAGGAGAGCUUCGCCAAGCUGGUGGAGGCGUGCGAGGAGCCCGCGCCCAGCGUGGAGCGCUGGCUGGGCCGGCUGGACGGCAGCCGCUGGCUCGGCCACGUCAAGGCCGCCCUGAGCACGGCCUGCCUGGCUGCCCAGUGCCUGGACAGGGAGGGCUGCAGCGUGCUGGUGCACGGCGCCGAGGGCGCGGACGCCACGCUGCUGGUGACGGCGCUGGCCCAGCUCAUCCUGCAGCCGGCCUGCCGCACCCUGGAGGGGUUCCAGGCGCUGCUGGAGCGGGAGUGGAUCCAGGCCGGGCAUCCCUUCCAGCUGCGCUGCGCCCGCUCGGCCGCCUCCCAGGCGCGAGGGAAGCAGGAGGCGCCGGUUUUCCUCCUCUUCCUCGACUGCGUGUGGCAGCUGAGCCGGCAGUUCCCCUUCUCCCUGGAAUUCGGGGAGCAGCUGCUCCUCACCCUCUUCGACAACGCCUACGCCUCGGCCUACGGCACCUUCCUGUGCAACAACGAGAAGGAGAGGAGCCUGUGCCAGCUGAAGGAAAGCACACCCUCGCUGUGGGCAUGGCUGAACCAGCCCGAGGAGCAGCACAAGUACCUGAACCCUCUGUACUCACACAACCCCCUGGUGAUCUGGCCCUCCGUGGAGCCCCAGAGCAUCCAGCUGUGGCGGGGUUUUUUCCUUCGUUGGAUCCGUCCUUCCCAGCACCUGGAUGAGGCCUGGGAGGAGAUCCGGAGGUUGGUGGAGGGAAACAAUUCCUGCAUGGAGGAGGGAGCUGGAAAAGGCUGAGCCAGAAGCGGCGCUGAACGUGGGCACUGGGACAAGGUGACACCGAUUGUGCCAAGGGCAGGGACACAGAGCCCGGGCAAAGCUCUGGCAGAGGGCACAGAGCUCCUUCAGCUGCCCACCCCGAGCUCCUCGCAGUAAAUCUCUCUGCCAGCC